GUGACCAGGGCGCUGAUUGGCUCUGGACCAGUCGGAACAAGAAGAGGCUACUCCUCUUCGCGUCUCUUCUACUUCUUGUUACAGUUUUUUCCCUUUACUGUUGUUGCUGGAAGUUUGCUCCUUUCCGCAGCGCUGAAACGUCACGAAUUGCUAGUUUAUAGAACACAUGUUUUCCGAAAAAUUUUUGCAGUUGCGAGACUACAAACACAGCCGUUGUUUUUGAUACACCUUCUCCUUCGAACUUAUCUUCUUGCUUGGGAGGAAGGUCUGGAAAGGAAGACGCCAUUGUCAAGGGCUGCCUUGUCAAGCCACUUUUUUUCUGCCACCCUUUCGAGGUCACGCGAGCGCUCGGGCUUCAGGACGUGCCCGACCCGCGCCCAUGAUCUGAACGGCUUCGGUCGUCGACGGCAGCACCCUGACUCGGGCGUUUUUCUCGCAGCCAGGCAGGAGAUGGGCUACGACGUAGUCAGGUUCCGCGGCGAUGUCGACGAGGAGCUCAUCUGUCCCAUCUGCUCGGGGGUGCUCGAAGAACCCUUGCAGGUGCCUAUGUGCGAGCACACCUUUUGCAGCCGAUGCAUCAAAGAGUGGAUCAAUCGGCAACCAACCUGUCCGGUCGACCGUAUGCAAAUCACAGUCGGCGACCUCAGGCCUGUACCUAGGAUUCUGAGGAACUUGCUCUGCAGGCUGGUGAUUGCCUGUGACAACAAUCGUUACGGAUGCACCGUGGAGGUGAAGCUGGACGCGUUGUCCAUCCACCUGGCCGAAUGCGAGCACAACCCGACCAGGCCCGUCUCGUGCAAACAGGGAUGCGGCCUUGUCAUCCCGAAGGACGAGAUCAAGGACCACAACUGCGUCAAGGAGCUGCGGUCGCUGAUCCACUCGCAGGCGCAGAAGAUUGGCGAGUUCCAGCAGGCCAUCGCUGAGCAGAAGUUCCAGAUCAACGAGCAGAAGCGCGAACUGCAGCUGUUGAAGGACUUCAUGAGGGCCAUGCGGAGUUGCAAUCCGGCCAUGAAGGCGCUUGCCGAGCAGAUGGAGCGGGACGACGUUGUGCGAUGGUCAAACUCUCUGACCAGAGCUCGCAUCCUCCGCUGGGGUGGAAUCAUUUCCACACCGGACCCUGAGCUACAGGCUUCGGUGCGUCUGUCUUUGACGGAGUCUGGCUGCCCUCCUCAUUUGAUGGACGAGCUAAUGGAGCAUUCCCAUGAGAGCAAGUGGCCGCGCGGUCUCAACUCUCUAGAGACGAGGCAGCUGAACAGGCGCCAUUACGAAAACUAUGUGUGCAAGAGGAUUCCGGGGAAGCAGGCGGUGGUUGCGUUGCAGUGCGACAACUUCCACAUGGGCGAGGACCUUAUGAUUGUUCCUGGACUUGUGAUGAUAUUCGCCAACGGUUCUAACUUUGGACGUGGUCUGUUGGAGGAUGUGACUGACUGAUAAAAGCAAUCUCGGUUCCGCAGGGUGCGCCAGCUGGAACACCCUGACCCCUAGGUUAAAGAAAGCAAGCGGUACUGGCACUCCGACAACACAAACCACCCCCUACCACCCCCAUUAGCUUUUAACCAUCAUAAUUCGAUCAAAGUCCUUGACUCCAAUCAAAAUUAGAUUUAAAAUUUGCGUGAGCCAACUAUUGAUGUAAUUGUCUUCCCUUCUUCUCUGGUUAUGUUUUACACAUUUAUAAUCAUGUAUUCCACUACAAGCGCAAAGAAAUUGUUGCUUUAAGCUGUUAUAUUAAUUACAACUAAUUAUUACUACCGGAUAAUUCCAUUUAUUUGCGGCCUCAUGUGCAUAUCGAAAGCGAUUUUCUGAGGCCCAAGUGAAGUGGCGCAUUUAAUUUCGCCCUAACUAUCAUUCCAACGCCUUUAUAAAUGCACAAACAACAAUUAUAUUUCAAACCGCAAGCAUUUAAAAGGUCUCUUAAUUUUACUACGAAUUAAUUUUAAGAUUUAGCAGGUGCUCCUGGCCUGUAGGUUGGAUCUCGUUCUAACAGUCGAAGCUCUCGUUUGCACCCCAAUUUUGAGUCAAAUAACAUAUUCCCAUGACCUUGGCCAGGAGCACCAGCUGGUAUUAAAGAAUUAGCUUAGCGGCGUAGAGUAACUGGGAUUUAUUGUUUCAACGAGGUUUUUCUCAUCUGCCUAAUGAUUCAAAUUGUAUAGUUGCAUUGAUUUAAUUACUUAUCUUUUUUACAAUUUUUUAAGUGUAAUUCGGUCAUGCAGCUUAAAUCAAUAAAGAUUAUGUUGGACAGGAAAA